ACAGAAUCACAGUGGAUAGGUGAAGUUCAUACUUGCACCCCCUGAGGUAACUGCCGAUGAUUCGCCACCGAUCAUUCUGAAACCAUUGCUAAUGGCAAUCCGAGAUGAACGUUACAUGUAUGGUAAAGAAUUGUGUGUCUGGCGCAUCGCUCUUAGCAACCAGGAUGUAGCAAAUUUAGCAAUAGUUCUGGAACUCUGUGGACGAACAUCAUAUCCAUUUUCCAAAAUAGAGCUGUUGGAUUGUGGAAUAGAUACAUGGUCAAUAGAAAGGCUUGGGAAAGCUGUCAGUUUCAGUGCAUUAACUUGCAUUGUUCUGGAUUAUAAUGAGCUUCUUGAUGAAGGGCUCAGAGGCCUAUGCCAUGGACUAAAGGAGAAUGGUCAGCUAUUAAGGCUGAGCAUGUGUUACUGUAAUCUGGGACCUCCGAGUGGAUCGCUGCUGGGCAAUCUUGUUGCCAAAACUGCCAUUAGAGAUCUGUUUUUGGAUGGCAACAACUUACAAUGUGAAGGAGCUUGUGAGCUUAUCAAGUUUAUCGCGGACUAUGUAGAAAACAUGGCUACAAAGAAAUCCGGUGCAUCUUUAGAUUUUGAGGAGGACCCAUCAAAACACUUGCUAGAAGCAACUGAAAAAUCUGAUUUGCAAUCAGUCAUGUUGAGCCAGGACAUUGGGCACAAUGCUACCAUUGGUGGUGAGGAUGUCAUGAACAGCAACCUUACUGCAUCAAAGAAAAAAAAGAAAGGGAAAUGCAAGAAGGAACCCCCACAGAUUGCUCCCUGGUUAUCCAAAUUGUACCUCGCAGAUAAUGGUAUUGACGGAAGAGGAAAUGAAAGCAGAAUAGGUCCAAUGAUGUUUACUGAAAUGUUGUGUCAGCUGAUCAAGUUUUCAGAUCAUUUGACUGAACUGGAUUUAGAUGACAAUUGCCUAGGUGAGCUGUGUGGAAAAGAGAUACUCAAUGCCUUAAGGGAAAGAAAAGAAGCAAAGCUGCCAAGUUUAAAUAUCAAAGUGACAGCCCAAAUGAAUGAGGAUACGUUUUGCAACAUCUUGAAAAACUCCAAAAAGCUCAAGAAAGCUAAAAGGAAAAAGAAGGCGAACCACAGCAUGUAACAGCUGCAGAAGGGCAUGGAAAACUGAGUUUUUAAUUCCAGUUUAGACCCAGAG